AUGACAACGAAGAAUAUAAAGGGCCAGUGGUACAACAAGCGAAUAGUUAGAACCAGAAGUGCGUCAAGAAUGGUCAAAAUAGAAGUUGUGGUUCUGCUUUUGGUUGAAAGUGUCAACUGUGCUUUCUUCGACUUGACUGAUGUUGACGAUCCGCUGUCUCUGCUGUGGCAUCACCCUAAAAAUGUUUCUGGAAAACAAGCGAACAUCCCGUGCCGUGUUCCUGUUUCUCCCCACAGUGGUUCAGUCAUACUUGGACAAUGCAGGUACAAGACUCUGUGUCUGCUAUCAGGGGGUGAAGCCCACAGUAAUGAUGCCUGUGGCAGCUUUUUAACAUGUUGUACACAACCAUCCGUCUGUUCGAAACGAACUAAAUCAAAAGUGUCUUAUUUUACGAAAGACCAGUCUGCUGCUGCAAGCUACUGCGAGCACGUAGUAGAGAUCCAGAGCAAAGUUUGUCAAAUCAGGUUAGACUUCGAACAAUUUAGACUGGCUCCUUCGACAAAUGUAAAAGUAGAUGCUAAUUUAUUCCACACGGUAUGCGAUACGGACAACAUGACUGUAAAUCCGGAAGUUCAGAGGGUUCCUUAUUUUUGCGGCAAUAACGAUGGACAACAUGCUUACGUACAUUUGGAUUCACAGACUGAACUAAGACUUCAGGUACAGCUUGGUGCUCAAGGGAAUCUAAAUCGGUAUUGGAGAAUCAAAGUCACGCAGAUUGAGUGUCCACUGUUUUGGCGCUUUUUGGGCAAUAGUUACAAGAGUCUCAGUUAUGGUUUUAACUCCGGAGAAAACUUUCCGUUAUUGGCACCACCUGGUGCUGCACAGUAUUUUACGGAACCAGUAGGGACGAUCCGAUCGUUUGGUUACAAGGAUAGCGAAAGUGAAUAUAUUAGUGGACUUUAUUAUGCUAUUGCCUUUAAGAAGACCCCAAGAGUGAAUUGCAUCAAGUAAUAACUGUUGAAAUGGCGUUAGCAGCAUUAAAUGACAAAUUCCAGGUUUACAACAAAUUAUAUAGUUUUAAGAUCUGUCAACCCACCUCAGAAUGGCAGGGACGGACACUGUAUUGACUACUUAUUUAUUCCGGAACUUGAAAUCGUUAGUGGCACAGUCGAGAGAUAUGGUUCUCAAGUUUGUUCGGGACAACCGACACUAGCGCAAAUAUUUUACUCAGAGCCGCCUGGCCCACUCUAUAUACAUUUUCGCUCGAAAUCUGCGAAUGCAGACAAUAGUCCAGGUCAUGCUUUUGACAUUCAAUAUGAACUGACUUCCUGUGCCCGAGAACUGAAGCCGUAGAUUACAGAAACCAUUUCUUGUGUGAAUUGUUAACUAAAAAUACUGAUGUAAAACAAGUUGGCAAAUUUUGCUCUUAUUUAUCUUUGUAACA